CCACUGUCCUGUUCUCUUCUUCCUGUGCGGCCGCCGGUCCGAUUUGUGCGCGGCGGCGGAGCAGCUCCUGUGCUUCCAUCCUCUCUCCGGCGGCCGCUGACUGAUCCUACUGUGCGUAUUCUUCUUCGUGGUCGCCGGUGGGAAAUAGCGCGCACUGAUGGAUUUCCCAUUGGAUCCGGUCAGCAGCCUCCCAAUUUAUGGGGCGUUCCCGGCUGAGGCGGCGGUGGAGAUUUUGCAAGGAGGGGACUCGGUCAGUAGCAACGCGGGUCCGGCGCCGGCGGCGGGGGCAACCGUGCUUGGGGACAUCGUGGAUGCGACCAGCGUCGGCGAUUUUGCAAGCGGACUUGGUGGCGUGGAUGGACCAGUCGCUGCAGAUUCAGCGGAAUCUACAGAGCAUGACAAUCCUCAGUCGUCUGGAUGGAAGAAGAGGGUCCGUGUUGGGCGUGCACCACCUGACCGAACUCACUGCGCAGAGAGGCAGAGCGCACUGGAGAAAUCAGUCCGGUGUUUCGCGGAAAAACUGGGAGACAAAGUCAUUGAUCCGUGCUUGGGUACAACCUUCGACUCGAUUGGGGAGGCGUACGAUUUUUACAAUCUGUACUCCUGGGAACAUGGCUUCGGUAUCAGGUACGGCAAAAGCCGGUUGAACUCGGAGAAGACGAAAUGCAUGCAGGAGAUAGUAUGUGGUUGCUUGGGGGAACCAACAGGCGAAAAUACGAGGUCAUGUCGUUGUGAAUGCCCUGCGAUGAUUAGGUUGCUGAGGUCUGCCGACAACGGCUGGUAUAUCACUGAGCAUCGGGUCACUCACAACCAUGUGCUGACAGAGACGUGUGGCGAGACAGCGUUCUGGCCGUCUCACAGGCACAUAGAUAUGUUCACCAAGGACCUGGUGAAACAGCUUAGGGAUAACAACAUAAAUAUUGGAAAGGUGUAUAGCAUCAUUGGGAGCUUUUUUGGCAGUGUUGACAACCUGCCCUUCACGAAGCGGUCGCUGAGGAAUUUGUGUGGGCAGAUUAGCCGGGAAGAGGCAGAUGAUGAUGUGAGGAAGACAAUAGAGGUUUUCGAUCAAAUUGGUGCAAAGGACCCAGAUUUUGUGUUCCGAGUACAGGCUGAUGCAGAAACAAGGAUCAAAAACCUCAUGUGGACAACGGGGGCAGGGAGGUUGCAGUACAAGUAUUUUGGCGAUGUGGUAACCUUUGACACAACGUACAAGACAAACUUGUACGACAUGCCUUUCGACCAGUGCCAGGCAAUGGAAGUGGCCAUAAAGAAAGUACUGCCAGGGACGUGUCACCGUUGUUGCAAAUGGCAUGUGCUGAAGAAGGCAAAGGAGUCGCUUGGGCCAAUGUUUACAAGGCGGCAUUCGUUCCGUGCUGAAUUCCACAAGGUAGUAAAUCACAUGCUCACAGUCGAUGAAUUUGAGAUUGCAUGGGACUUACUUCUUGAGAAGUACCAUCUGAGAGGGCAUGCUUACAUGACGCAAUUGUAUGAGGUUCGGGAGAAAUGGGCAAAGCCUUAUUUCAAGGGUAUUUUCUGUGCGAAGAUGACCAGCACGCAGAGGAGUGAGAGUGCAAAUAGCAUGCUGAAGAAAUAUGUGCCGAAGGGGUGUUCGAUGCACAUGUUUGUGCGGCAGUACAUGAGACUGGUGUAUGACAGGGAAUCGGAAGAAAACUAUCAAGAGAAACGUACGAAAGUUAGUGGUGCGGUCGUGCGGUACAACUUCACAAUAGAGAGACAUGCUAGUAAGAUUUACACGAUGGCAAUGUUUGAACAAUUUGGCAAGAUGAUAUAUGAAGCAUGCGCUUACAGAGUUGACGAAGUGGAGAAGAACAGGCUGUACAGGACAACCCACACAGAUGCCGCACGGCGGGAGAAGUGGAGCAAGGUUGUGUUCGCCGUGAAGAUUAUAGGUGAUGGGGCAGAGUUCGAGUGCGAGUGCGGCAUGUAUGCGCACAUGGGGAUGCUGUGUGGGCAUGCUCUGAAGGUCAUGGAUUAUGUGGGGGUAACAGAAAUACCUGAGAAACAUAUAAUGAAGAGAUGGACCAGGGACGCGAGGGAUGUGCUGCCUGAGCAUCUCCGUCAUUACCAGCGUGACCAGGCUGCAGGAAGGAAUUUCACCAAGCGGCAUUCCACUCUGUCAGGCUUGGGGAUACCAGCGCUGCAGCGUUUGAGAAGCUGGUGGGAUUAUUCAGAGACAACCUUGCUGUGA